UCAAUUUAGUGAGUGAAGUGAACACAUUGAUAUAUGUAGUUAUAUUGACACCUAUGAAAGUACAGAGGAACCGUCGGAAACUAAAAUAAGGACUCUCUGAAACAACUUAUUUAUUAUUUUUUCUUCUUCGUCGGGAUAUUAAAGUUCGGUUGUCCAGUCCUAGUAUCCCAUCACCUCCUCGGUAUGGCUGAGCCUGCUGAGCUGCUGCUUAUCAAGGACCAGUAUGAGAUGGCUGGUCACUCUCUGAGCCGUGGUUUGGCUGCUGAAGAGGCCGGGCUAAGAGCAGAGGCCCUGGUGUAUUACAGGAAAGGUCGACAGCACCUUGCCCAAGGACUGGAAGUGCCCACUGGGGGGGCAAGGCAGCAGGGAGCAGUCUGGGACACAGCCAGGCAGCUUCAGCAAAGAAUGAGGGACACUCUGAAGACUGUCAACACCCACCUCUCUGACCUGGAGACCUCUCUGAUGACAACACAAACCCAGAGGAGCCGCCUAUUGCAGGAGCUACCUCUUAAUCUUUACCCAGACCUGGCACCAAGCAGCCAGCCUCCCCAAAGCUCCCUCCACCAUCUGUACCCCACCGUGCCUGCUACCACCACCCAGAACACAACCCCAACACUCCUUCCCAGGCCUCCUUUCCCUGCUGAUCCACACAAGCACACAGUCCCUGCAGAGGCCCCAGGAGCUGUAGCCAUGGCCAACCCGAGGGACCAGCCUCCAGCAUACACACCACAGCCAACUCUCGGCCACCGCAGUCUGUCUUACGGUCCUGUCGGAGGCGGCCUCAUGUCAGGAGGGCAGACUGGAGCAGCAGCAGGAACAGAUGGGAAUGAGCUGCUUUUCAUCCCCUCUGGGGUGCAGAUGUUUUUUGUGGCGCCAAAUGGGCAGGUCAGCUCCCUGUCUAAUCCAGGCUACCUGCGCAUCAUCGCAUUUGAAAGUCAGCAGAAGGAUGCCACUGCUGGACGACCCUCAGCAUAUCUACAUGUGUGUGACUGGUUGUACCCGCUGACCCCAGACACUCCGGUGCUUUUGGCCAACUCUGGCAUCUUCAUGUUCCCUGACAUGUUGUCAGAGACGCCAGGGUGCUACGUGGGCAUAGUGUUGUCCUCCGAACUGCCUGCUGUCCAACGAGAGACUUUUCAGGACCUUAUCUCGCAGCUCGCUGAACUCCGGAUCCAGGGUCCAGAGGGGGCAGGGGUAGAAGUCAUUAACCUGAGUGAGAAAAUCCCCCUUGGUCCCAUGAAAGAGCAUGAAGAGCUGACAGUACCAACAGGGGACAAAGACAAACCACCACUUCCUGGAUGGAGUGAGAAGAUGGCACAAGGAAUCUUGUCAGGAGCUACACGGUUGAGCGUAGGGUUUGUAAAAGGAGCUGAGGCCACUGGUAGGGCCAUUCAUAGGGGAGCAGCCAAGAUCCGGGACCACAUCACACCCGAGGAAACUCCUUCAGAGGUCAGCCCCCGUGUCACCAAAGGUCUGCAUGUGGCUAAACAGGCCACCGGGGGUGCUGUGCGAGUCAGCCAGUUCUUGGUUAAUGGUGUGAGUACAGUGGCAGAAAAAGUCGCAGAUAAGAUGGCUCCCCAUGUGAAGAAACAGGGUGCUAAGCUGGUCCCGGAGUCUAUGAAGAAGAACAAAGAUGGCAGCCCUUCCAACUGGGAUGGAACCAAGUUUGUGGCAGCCAAAAGUGUAGAAGGUUUCUCUACAGUUUGGUCUAGUCUAGAGACUGGAGCAAAGCUGGUUGGCAAAAGUGUUAUCGCAGAGACUGUCACAACUGUGACAUACAAGUAUGGUAACGACGCAGGCGACGCCACAAACACUGCCCUCAAGUCAGUGAUCAAUGUUGGUGUGACUGCGUACAACAUUGACAAUCUGGGCCUCAAAGCCAUCCUGAAGACUGCGGGGAAGAAGACAGCCAAGGCCAUGGUCAAAAGCCCGGAGGGACAGCAGGAGAAGACUGAGGGGAAGGAGGCGCAGAAACGAGAACUUGAAGCAGAGACAGAUGGGAAGAAAAAGCAGAAGAAGAAGGAGGAGGAGCAGAAAAAAUAGAUCCCCGCAGGACUUAAUGCUGUGCUUGAAUGAUGCAUCAGCUCCUCAUUUACAUUUUAUACAACUAAAUAAGGCACUCAUCUCUGAAGUGGCUAUUUAGUUGUGAAUGUAAAAACAAGGGGGCAAAAUACUGGAAUUAGCCUAGGUCAAAGUGCAGUUUUAUUUCACAUUAUUAAACUACUAAGUUAUUUAUCUGGCUAGGUUAAGAUUGGCUGCAUUGUUAAGUUUUACAUUAAUUAAUUUGUGGUAACAUUUUAGGUUUUCUUUAUGUAUUUUUUGGUAGCCUACUUAUUUU